UAAUGUCCGUGAAAAUCACUAUAAAUUUGUCACAUGACUGCAAAAUGGCUGAUAACUACUUUCGUUUUGUGUUUGUUUUGAGCCUUUUCGCCGUGUAUCUUUCUUCACCAUUACCAGUUGUUGUGAAUACAUGGCCAUUUACAAAUGCUACAUUAGCAGCAUGGAAUACUAUAACAUCCACCAAUAAAACAGCAGUAGAUGCAGUAGAGGCUGGGUGUAGUGAAUGCGAGUCUCAGAGGUGUGAUGGCACAGUGGGCUGGGGAGGAGACCCUGACGAGAACGGUGAAACCACCCUGGAUGCGAUGAUUAUGGAUGGGAUAACACAUGAUGUAGGCAGUGUUGGUGCAAUUAGAAGAAUUAAAAGUGCAAUAUCUGUAGCUAGAGCUGUCAUGGAGAGAACAACUCAUACACUGCUUGUUGGAGAUCAAGCAACAGCAUUUGCUAAACAGCUUGGUUUUAAAGAGGAGGACCUCCACAGUGAUGAAAGUAUUAAUUUAUAUAAACAAUGGAAACAGAAAAACUGUCAGCCUAAUUACUGGAAGAAUGUUUUACCAGAUCCAAAGACAUCCUGUGGACCAUACAAGCCAACUCCAUUUCCACCAGAGAUACAGCAUGAGAAAUUGUUAGAUUGUAGUUAUAAAGGAAUAGGGGAGGAUAAUCAUGAUACGAUAGGUAUGAUUGUUGUUGACAGUAAAGGGAAUGUUGCAGGAGGAACUUCAACAAAUGGCCUUAAUCAUAAAGUUCCAGGACGUGUGGGUGAUUCUCCUGUGGCAGGUGCUGGGAGUUACGUAGAUAAUGACGUAGGUGGCGCUGCAGCAACAGGUGACGGUGAUGUCAUGAUGAGGUUUCUACCAAGUUUCCAUGCUGUUAUGAUGAUGAAGACUGGUGUAUCACCAUGUAUAGCCACCAGUGAAGCUAUAAGGAGUAUAUUGAGGUUUUAUCCAGAUUUUGUGGGAGCAGUUGUAGCAGUCAAUAAAAAAGGGGAGCAUGGUGCUGCUUGUCAUGGAAUUCCCAAGUUUCCGUAUUCUAUACGCAGUACAGACUAUAGUGAGGUCACUGUUUUAGAUGUACCAUGUAUGUGAUUCAGUGAUAAAAAUGAUAAUCCAGAUAUUCAAUUACUUCAGCUUGUAUUAUACUCAGGACAAAAGUUCAAAAUAUGUUCACAAUGCUCUAGUCAAUUUGAACCAUCAACCCAGUCCUUUGGGAAUUGAAGAGAUUUUAACUUUUAGAUUUUCAAACCACAAAUAAAGGCCUUAUUUCGUAAGGGCAGUAAAUCACGCUGAAUUGCCGAUAAUGCAAUUUUAAUCCAUUGCAAUUAAACCACAUAGACCUGACAAUUUAAUUGGGUUUAAAUACAAACGAAAAUAACAGCUUCUCCAACUAUCUGUCACAGUUCCUAGGGUAAAACACUGUUUUUACUAUUCCCUGGUGCUGGUGCAAAAUGAACAUAAUGUUAACCAUAAAUGUUGACUUAAAAUGAAAUUUUAAUUGAUAAAAAUUUUAAGAAAAAUUGCACAACUGUAUUAUAACACAACGCCUGCUGGUAGUGACUGAAUCUGUCAGUGCAAACCAAGAUAAGCCCACAUGUCUGUGCUGUCUGGUUAUAGUAUAUGUACUAUAUAAGUAUAUAUAAUAAUUGAGGGUUGAGCACAAAACUGCAGUAAUUUAUAAUUAUGAAAUGAAGAAGACUUACAACAGUUUUGCGGUCAAACCUUGAUAUCUAGGAAUUAAGAAAUUUGCUUUUAGGAGCUUAUCCAGAUUUUUUUAUCAUUAAAUGAAUAAUUUCUGACACUUUCUAUCACACGUAUAUAUUUAAUGUUUGUCCUAUACAGUAUAUAUACCACUUGUAGUGUUAUAUUUCUCUCAGACAUUUGAAGUUUUACAUCUUGAAAUAUGUACAUUUAUUUACUUGUUUUGUAUUACUGAUAAACUGCUUGGUAAGUGUAAGCUAUUUGUUAGUAUUUUUAUGCAAAAUUUAAGUAUGAAUGCAUGUGCAAUUUAGUUAAAAUUGUUUUUGAUUCUGAUGUUAAUGUAUAAUUUAUUUUCGCUCUUUUUAUUGUACACUUCUGUGAAUUAUGCAAAUGUUCUUUUGUUAACAUAUGAUGACUUUUGUUUCUUUUCUAUCACUUUUGUCUAUUUACCUCACUGUUAUUAAAAAAAACGCCUUAAGUAAGGUAAUCAACACAUGAUUGUGUAGAUUAUAUAAUCAAUUUAGGUUUAGUCACAUGUAUUUCAUUUGCUGUCAAACAUUUCAGAGACAUAGAACAGUCAUAGUUUAGUCAUUUCAACUAUUCAUAAUGGACCCCUCUCCCCCCAUCACCUCUACCCCCCCCCCCCCCCCCCCCGAAAAAAAAAAUAAAUAAAUGGUCAUACAUCUUGUAUUCCUUUAGUUCUGUACUAACUUCUAAUUGUUUUACUACAUGUAUCAAUUUCAAAAGUACCUUUAUUUUUUCAAAUAAGUGAAAUGUAAGAUAUUUGCUAUGUACAUUAGGCAUUAUACGGACUUAAACCCAUGACUGAGACUGAGAUCAUUACUGUAUGUGGUCAAGGUCACCAAGACUAGAAUUAGAUAUACUUGUGGUUAUGAUCCUGCCACUUGGUGGGGAGGGAUGUAGAUUUUACCCAUUGCACUCUUAUCAACCUGUAACACUGUCUGUCUUGUGUAUCAAUAAGCCAAGUCUCAGGGAAGUACAUGUAUAUUACAGUAACUGUAUAUUUAGUUUCUGGUCUGUUCGUUGACUUACAAAAUAAAGGAAUGUCGUGUCAUCAAUUGAUAUCCUAUGAACACAUUCUCGUUCAUACCAGUUUUAGCAAUUAUUUUAGUCAAAGCUAUAUCAUGUUGUAUUUUUCUCUGAUAUUUUGUGUUACAUGUAGUUUGAUGUAAAUUAUGAAUCGGAUAUCUGCAUACUUGCAUUCAGUAUUACUGUUGUUUUUUCCCUAUCAUUUAUUAUAUCUUUGGAGUAGAUUUGGAAUAUUAUUAUAAUCAUUAUUAUUAUUGUCAUCAUUUUAUUCCAGGUUUUUUUCUGAGCUCUGUCUGGUAUUUCAGGUUUUUCAUUGGUCAGCGUAGAUUCUUUGCCGAUUUCAGACCAAUAAAACAACUGAUCGAAAUGGUCUUUGAGUAGAAUUUUUUUCUAUAACCUCUCACCUUGUUUUGGUGGCUUAUUCAAUUUUGAAGCUUCACACCUCCGGAUGAGCCAAAAUAUUUUAUGAAAUUCAAUCUUUAGAAAAAUGUAUUAAGAUCUUAAGAAAAGUAAAAAUAUUCAAUAUUUAAUUAAUUAUUUACAUGUUAUGUGCGAUUCAUGACUGAUUUUUCAGUAUCAAUCACUAUAAUUCUACUGCGUUACUAACGUGGUAAGAGGUUUUUAUGUAUAUUUUGACCUCCUUUUGGUAAUUUACGUUGAUUGCAAGUGCCAAUGCAAUGUGUACAAAUAACUUUCUUUGUUCACUUCACAAUAUUUUACUUUUAUAUACAUUGUCAAAAUUUCAUGAAAAUUAGCAUAAAUAUGGAGGCUUACUGCUUUUUUAAAAAUUUUAAAAACUUAAUAGUGGUAACACAGUAGAAAUACAAUG